AUUCCAAGCAAGGUCCCUUUAUUGUCCUUUUCUCCUGCAGUUUCUCGCCAACCAAACAGAUUGUCUUUUUUGAUCGUUCCUUUUGGCCAAUUUUGUUUUCCUUCCUUUGCGAUCCAACAUCUUUUUUGUUUUUUUUGUAUUUGUUUGUUGAAUCUUGAUAAAUUAAACCCCACCCUUCUUUUUUCUAUUCAUUGCAGAAAUCUGAGAUCGAAUUAGGAAAUCGAGAUGGGGUUUUUGGUAAUAACUUUAAUUUUUGUAGUGAUCGGAAUAAUCGCGUCGCUCUGUACCAGAAUCUGUUGCAAUAGAGGCCCCUCUGCUAAUUUGUUCCAUUUGACAUUGGUUAUAACAGCAACAGUCUGUUGUUGGAUGAUGUGGGCUAUUGUAUAUCUUGCACAGAUGAAACCACUUAUUGUUCCAAUUUUAAAUGAAGGAGAGUGAAGUUGUUCCCGGAAAAGCAUAGUAGGACCAUAUCGAUAAAGCAGGAAAUGUCUCGUGCAUUGGUUGCCAGAGAAUAUCUAAGUAGGACUUAUGGAUGAUUCAAUAUCUUCUCAUUUUGGGUCUUUUGUGUAAUAUUUAUCAGUGUGAACUUUGAAUUGAUUUUAGUUUGGUGGUUCACUUUACCUGCUUUUGUUGACCUCUCAUUCAAAUUUUAAUACAUUGAGCAGUGAGAGCACAAAUAUGUAAUUGGAUUUGCAGAAGAAUAUAUUGAUUUUAGUCUUAUGAAGAA